AUGGAUAUCUGCACUAUAAACAAAACUACUUUAAAAAGUGAAUUUGAUACGAUAUUAAGUUACAUCGCUUCAAAUGGAUCGAUAGAUUUGCUAGAACAAAUUCUACAUUUACCGGGAUUAGAUCCCAAUAAACCAGACAAUGAAGGAAACACCCCUUUACAUUUUGCUGCUCAAGCUGGUCAAAUCGAAUGCUUGAAUUGCAUGUUGAGUCGUUGUCGUGGAAUCGAAAUAGAUGCUAGAAACAAUUUGGGUUUUACUCCUCUAAUGAAAGCUGCCCUCCAAGGAAGAAAUAAAUGUGCCAAACUUCUUUUGUUUGCAGGAGCGAAUCCCACUUUGCGUGACAACGGUCGUGGUUUCCGGGCGGACCAAUGGGCUAGGUUUUGUGGAAGAUACGUAUGUGCUGAUGUAAUCGAGAAACACGCGAGACAGAGGCUGCUUGAAAGAUCUACUUCCUACGGGAACUGGGGCGGAGAAAACGAGUUGGGAGCUAGAGUGCUUAUGGGAAAAGUUAUUCCCGUACCGGUCAUUCCGCAACAACAACCGCAAGCAGCUUUGUGCGCCAGCUCGCCCGUUCUUCCAUCUGGAAACACCGUACCACCAGUAGUAAAAUCGCUCAUUCGUCCUCUUACCGUUCCACGUCUUCAAAUUACACUCGUUAACAACAACGCAGAUUUUCCAAAUAAUAACAAUGUCGUUACAAACAACAGCGUGGGUAAGACUGCUCCAACAGAUCCUACCACUACUCAAAAGAAAGAUGAACCACCUGUUAUAAAGCCUGCCAGAACAAAGAAGAAAAAAUAG